UGACGAAGUCUCCGCUAACUUAAAAAAAAAAAUAGACAUGAACCACUGGGACACCGUAUACUACCAUUGGUUGAUUAAUCGUGUUUGAGUUCUCUGUUCUGCUACCGUGCUGUGUGGUGCUUCGAUUACAGCUUAUCCAUGGACACAACUUGCAUACGAUUUGCUUUAAGAGCCAUACUCCUCCACCUGCUAUUGUUGUCCCUCCCUAAACUUUCCAUAGCAGAGUUUAUUUAUAGUCCCCAUGAGAUCUUCAGCAUCCACUGUGGCUCAUCCACCAACUUCUCCACCCGCGAUGGUCGGAAUUGGACUCCAGACAUCAAAUUCCUCACAGCUCAAAGCCACCACUCAUUUGCUGCUCCAGCACUCACACCAUCUACCAUACAGGGUCCUUAUACCAUUGCUCGUCUCUCUCACUCCCAAUUCGCUUACUCGUUCCCCGUCACUGCAGGCCCAAAGUUUCUUCGCCUCUUCUUCUACUCAACUUCAUACCAAAACUUUGAUCGCACCAAUGCCUAUUUCUCAGUCAGAUUUGGCCCAUACACAUACACCCUCCUUCAAGAUUUCAAUGCUUCCCUCAAUGCUGAUGUUUAUAACGACCCUGCCCAACCGGACAUCUUGUUCAGAGAGUAUUGCAUCAACAUCAGAGAAGGUGAGAGGCUCGACAUAACCUUCAUUCCAACCAUCACAGUCCAGCAUCAAGAUUCGUACGCUUUCAUCAAUGGAAUAGAGAUUGUUUCAAUGCCCCCUUUUCUCUACUACACCAAUCCUGACGACGUCGACAUCACUUGGCUGCCUCAACCCGUUGGCCUCAAUACGAACCCGUUCCCCAUUGAAAACAACUAUGCUAUGGAGACAAAGUAUCGGUUAAGAGUUGGAGACCAAGAAAUCCCUGCCUCACAGGACACGGGUAUGCUCAGGAGCUGGGAUGUGGAUAACAAAUAUGUAACGACUCAAAGUGUACUAUCUCUAGAUAUUGACUCUGGAAUUAAGCUGAGAUUCACAAAGACUCCUAACUACACGGCACCAGACACAGUGUACCGAUCCCUAAGGAAUAUGGGAAGUAAUGGCACCGUCAACAUGGGGUUCAACCUCACAUGGCAACUUCCCGUUGAUUCAGGCUUCACCUACUUGCUAAGAUUACACUUUUGCCAGCUUGACCCGAAUAUUAGCCAUCCUGGUGACCAGAGCUUCUUCAUCUACGUUCAGGAUCAGUUGGUUGAAAAGUGGGCAGACAUUCUCGGUUGGAGCGAUAAACAGAAGGGUGUCCCAGUGGUUAAACAGUAUGUAGUUUUCAUCCCAGGGAAUCAGCAGGAAACGCUUAAUCUUUCACUGAAAAUGCAUCCUAACCCUCAAAGCUUGGCCAAGGACGCUCAAAUAAACGCAAUUGAACUCUUCAAGAUCAACGACCCAACAGGUAAUCUCGCUGGACCUAAUCCAGACCCUCUUCCACAAUCUCCAAAGCGGGUUCCACUUGAAACCUCAAAUAAGAAAAGCCAUGGCACCACCAUGAGAACUCUUGCUGCCAUUGCAGGUUCAGUUUCCGGUUUCCUUUUGCUCUCCUUUAUUGCUAUCCUCAUCAAACGCAGGAAGAAUGUCGCUGUCAAUGAAAGUUCAAAUAAAAAAGAGGGAACUUCUCGGGACAAUGGCUCACUAUCUGUACCAACGGGCCUCUGCCGCCACUUCUCAAUCAAAGAAAUGAGAACUGCCACCAACAACUUUGAUGAACUCUUCGUGGUUGGCGUGGGAGGCUUCGGCAAUGUGUACAAAGGCCACAUCGACAAUGGUUCAACUACAGUCGCAAUCAAAAGGCUCAAACAGGGUUCUCGGCAAGGUAUUCGCGAGUUCAAGAACGAGAUCGAAAUGUUGUCUCAACUUCGUCAUCCCAAUAUUGUUUCCCUCAUCGGUUACUGUUACGAGAGCAAUGAGAUGAUCCUGGUUUACGAAUUCAUGGAUUGUGGAAACCUCCGUGAUCAUCUCUACGACACUGAUAACCCGACUCUGUCGUGGAAGCAUAGGCUGCAGACAUGCAUAGGCGUUGCGCAAGGAUUGGAUUAUCUGCAUACAGGUGUGAAGCAGGUGAUAAUUCACCGUGACGUCAAGAGUGCCAAUAUCUUAUUGGAUGAGAAAUGGGAGGCCAAGGUUUCAGAUUUCGGGUUAGCCAGAAUUGGGGGGCCGAUGGGUAUUUCGAUGAUGACCACCAGCGUGAACACUGAGGUGAAAGGUAGCAUUGGAUAUUUGGAUCCAGAGUAUUACAAGCGUAACAUUUUGACGGAGAAAUCUGACGUGUACUCAUUUGGGGUGAUGCUGUUGGAGGUGUUAUCUGGGAGGCACCCUUUGCUCCAUUGGGAGGAGAAGCAACGAAUGUCACUUGUUAAAUGGGCAGAGCAUUGCUAUGAGAAGGGAAUUCUGAGUGAGAUUGUGGAUUCAGAACUCAAGGGUCAGAUAAAACCUCAAUGUUUGCACAAAUUUAGUGAGGUGGCACUGAGCUGUUUGCUUGAGGACGGGACUCAAAGGCCCUCCAUGAAGGACAUCGUUGGGAUGCUGGAGUUGGUUUUGCAGCUUCAGGAUAGUGCUGUUAAUUAUGAAGAUAGCAGUAGCCAUAGUACUGUACCUCUUUCAGAUUGUAGUGAGAACACUGGAUUGAGCACGACAAGUGAUGGAGAUCGUAGCUAUGGCAGGAUGGAAUCUUUUGUGUUGAUACCGGAUGAUGUUUUCUCUGAGACUAAGAAUCCAAAGCGACGGUGAGGUUGAAGCAGUAGUAUUCAAGUUAGCAUGAGUAUCAAUCGUUGCAGGAUGGAAUCUUUUGUGUUGGAGUUUGUUUUCUCUUUCAGUAUUAUUUUUUUAACCCUCUAGUUAAAUAGUAAAAAAGAUUUUAAUUAAUUCGAAAUUUAUCUGGAAAAUAAGUAAUCUUGACCAAGAAUUCUUUAUAAUUAUUUAAUUCUAUACAAUAUCAUAUUCAAUGUUUUUUUUUAUGUUUAAA